UUCCGGAGUUACAGGAUGAAGAACACCCCCUCUCCCAAUUGUCUGAUACAUGUAUACAGAUGUUUAUUAGUUUGACCUUUCAUACACCAGGAUCUUACAUCUAUAACUAAUAAUUGAUUUGUUAUAACUGUACUUUAAGAGGAUGAAAAUGGUCAUGUUCAGAUGUAUCUUUAUGCUUUUGUUAGUGGCAGAAACCCUGUCGCUACAACAUGCUAAUUUGGUGAGAGAAUGGAACAUGUUCAAACAAAAGUACAACCGAACAUAUUCUUCCGAUAUAGAGGAAACGUACAGAUAUGGAGUAUUUACAGACAACAUCCGGGCGAUUCAUUUACACAAUAUGGCUGCCGACAAGGGACACCACUCUUUCUGGUUGGCAAUAAACCAUUUUGCUGACCUGACAGACAAAGAGUACGAGUCGAAGAUGAUAGGCCUUUAACUGAUUUUUCACUCU